UCAGUCUAUAAAAGGAAGUGUGAACUGUCCCUGGCUUUCAAGCCCCAGCAUCCUCUGUAUCAAGAUGUGGCACCUCAAACUCUACGCAGUGCUCAUGGUCUGCCUGUUGCUGUGGGGCCAGGUGCAUGGCUCCCCAGUAUCGGAACUGAGUUCAGCAAAGAAAAGGCUGCGGAGAAUGACCCCAUUUUGGAGAGGGGUUUCCCUCAGGCCCAUUGGGGCCUCCUGCCGGGACGAUUCCGAGUGCAUCACCAGGCUAUGCAGAAAGAGACGCUGUUCCCUAAGUGUGGCCCAGGAGUGAUGUACAAACGAGGGGGACAGAGGACAGCACUCACAAACAAUGCUCCGUUCUAUGGAAUAUUGAUUAACUGCAUACUGGCUGGAGACACUUAAGUGAAGCAACCUUGUGUUUUUAAUAUUUAAAGACAGAUGUAUGCUUUAAA